AUGGCAUCACGACCAUACAUGGAGAACAACGGGCAGCAAGGGAAAUGUUCGCAGUCCACCAUGACAUGCCCGACCUCGGAUGAUGAGGGAAGCGUGCGGACCUUUGAAGAUGAUGAGGAAGACUUCUUUGCACCCCGAACCUUCGUCACCCCUGAGGAAUCCGAUGCGACCAAGUCAACAGUUGAAGAGCUGGAGCAGACCGUUUUGAUCAAACACCUCCCGGAUUUCAAGGUAUACCUGGGAACGGGGCUGACCCCUAAACUCAGGGAAGGCUUUAUUCAAUUCCUUAGUAAUAAUAUCAACUGUUUUGCUUGGUCCCACUUAGAUAUGACAGGUAUCCCACCAGAAAUAACCUCUCACAGACUAAGCGUUGACCCCAAAUUCAAACCCGUGAAGCAUAAGAAAAGACCGCAGUCCAAGAUAAAGCAUGCUUUCAUCAAAGAGGAAGUGGCGAAACUCCUUAAAAUUGGAUCCAUCAAGGAGGAAACCUUCGACAACCUCAAAAGCUACAACAUAAAGCUCAAUCCUGAGAAGUGCGCCUUCGGAGUAGGCUCGGGCAAAUUCCUGGGCUUCAUGGUCUCAAACAGGGGGAUCGAAAUCAAUCCCAACAAAAUAAAGGCCAUUGAAGAAAUUACGGUGGUGAACAACAUAAAAGCCGUUCAACGGCUGACAGGGCGGAUCGCGGCCCUGGGCAGAUUCAUAUCAAGAUCAUCGGACAAAAGUCACCAUUUCUUUGCCCUACUCAAAAGAAAGAACAACUUCGAAUGGACUCCAGAAUGCCAACGCGCCCUGGAAGAAUUGAAACGGAACCUGUCUAGCCCGCCUUUGCUACACACGCCCAAGGAGGAUAAAACGAUAUACGUAUACCAGGCCGUAUCCGAAAUGGCAGUAAGCGGCAUACCGGUCCGAGAACAGAAAGGUACGCAAUUUCCUAAUUAUCAUGUGAGCCGAACCUUAGGGGACUCCGAAACCCCGAUAUCCCCAUCUGGAAAAAUUGUGUCUCGCACUAAUAAGCGCCUCGUGCAAACUGAAGCCUUACUUUUAGUGCCACCGUAUUUGUGUCCUGUCAACUUAUCCCCUCCAGAGUAUAGUGCCGCAAACGUAAGAGGAUCUGGACUCGGUAUAGUCCUAAAGCCGCCCGUCGGCGGCAUAAUCAGGCAAUCCAUAAAAACCACAAAGCUGACUAACAAUGAAGCCGAGUAUAAGGCUAUGAUUGCAUGUUUAGAGUUGGCCAAAGGUUUGGGAGCCGAGACUGUCGAGGCAAAAUGCGACUCGCUCCUCGUGACCUUAGUCCAUGUACCUCUAGAUAAAAAUUGCGAGGCUGAUGCCCUCGCGAACCUAAUAUCUUCCGCUGAAGAAGAAGACCUGCUCCCCGAAACCGUUGUCCAACUGUUCAAAUCUGUGAUCGAGGAAGGUCAUGCGGAAAUUAACUCCACCAGCCUGACAUGGAAUUGGAGAAACAAAAACAUCAUUUAUCUGAAGGAUGGGAAGCUACCCAUGGAUCCAAAAGAAUCGAGGGCCCUGCGAACCAAAGCGGCCCGGUUCUCACUCGACGAAAAUGGGGCUCUCUACGGAAGAACUUUUGAUGGUUUCCUGGUGAUAUACUUGGGACCGGGCUACCCGGAUUACGUGCCCCAGGAGAUCCACAAGGGCACCUACGAAAAUCACUCCGAGUCCGAUUCCUUAGUCCGAAAAGUGAUCAGAGCGGGCUUCUAUUGGGGCAGCAUUGAAAAAGACUCUAGGGAAUUCGUCCAAAAAUGCGACAAGCGUCAGAGGUUUGCUCCCAUAAUCCACUAG